AACAUCAGUUCCCAUUCAAUAUCAUUACAAGAUGUUUGGAGGUAUUUCAGUGCUCUAUUUUAUAUUUGCAAUUCUUACUACUUUAUUAUCGCAAAUACAGGGACAGUCGUGUGGGAAACUGCAGGAAAGUCAGCUGAACAAUCUAAAAGUGAUCACAGAUCCUGAUGAGUUCCCGUGGAUUGGUCGCGUGGGAUACGGGGAGUCGAGUAAUGUGAGUACCAAUUUCUACUGCCUUGCGGUUCUCAUCAAGCCGCGCCAUGCGAUCCUUCCCGCCCACUGUGUCCUGAACCGCGCCGAAGUGGAUGCCCUGUUCAUCCUUUUCGGGGACUGGCGUGCCAACCGGAACUUCGAUGAGAAAGACUGUCUCUUCGAUGUGUGUGCCCCCGUCCCGGAAGCGAUCGACAUAGAAGAGCUGGUGGUGCACCCGAAGUACAUGGGACUGAGGAAUCCCAAUGCCAUCGACAACGACAUCGCAGUGGCUAAGCUGGUGCGAAGCGUGGACUUCUCGGACUUUGUGUCACCUCUUUGCCUUCCAACCACGAAACACAAGGACAACCACAUAGCUCAGAAGUUAAAAAUGGUGGGAUUCAUCCAUUGGAGCAAGAUUUCACCGAAUCUGCGGCCGGAAGAAGAGUUUCGCUCGAAGGUGGAGGUGAACACGAUUAGUCAGGAGUACUGUAUCUCCUUGGAGUUCCCUUCGACUCUCAAUGAGAAUCAUCUUUGUGCCACGGCACCUAGAGAAAUCGAAAAAUUUUUCGGAUCACCACUGAUGGGAGUCGAAGUGGUAAACGAAAAGCCACAUAACUUCUUCCUGGUCGGACUUCCUACCCGCAGAAUUAUACCAGGUUCGAGACAAGAUACCGCAUUAUUCGUAUUCACGCGCGUAUUUCCAUUUCAAGACUGGAUAAUAAUAAACAGUGACUUAAUAUUGUCUUGACUUAAAUUCUAAGUCUUCUGACGUCAUUACCAGUCUUCGUUACUUGAAACCUUUGUUAAAAACUUUAAAAUUUUUAAUUACAGCGUGAAAAAAUUUUUUGAAAUGUGUGAACGAGAAGUGUUCAGUUAGUAAUACUGAAAAUAUAUCAGCAUAAGAUAUUGAUUUAUUCUAAUGAGUGUUUUAUUGUCGUUGUAGGUGGUGACCACCCAGGAAAUACAAAUUUUUGGAGUUAAAAGAA